UACUUCCUGGUUAGAUUCCACGUAGCUUCAGUGCCGUUAGAGAGCUUCAGAUACAAAAAUAACUACAAACGAAGACUCUUACGGCUUUAUUUAUGUAUCUUCGACUAUUGUUUAGUCGUGUUUAUAGACAUAUUAUUAACUGUUAUGAUAAUGAAGCCACAGUGGCGCGUGACGCUGCGUUUACCCUCAUAUGAAGGCUAGGCUAUGCUAUCAAGCUAAUAUCACCAAGACUAGUUAGCAAGUAGUUGUAUUGUUUACAUAUUUCUAUCAAGAUGUAUACCUUAUUAUCUGGGUUAUAUAAGUAUGUUUUUCAAAAGGACGAAUUCUGUGUUUUAAUCCUGGGACUAGACAACGCUGGGAAAACGACCUUUCUGGAACAGACCAAAACCAAGUUCAGUAAGAACUAUAAGGGAAUGAAUUUAUCAAAGAUCACUACCACGGUUGGCCUGAACAUUGGUACUAUUGAUGUGGGCAAGGCACGUCUAAUGUUUUGGGAUCUUGGAGGUCAGGACGAGCUCCAGUCUCUGUGGGACAAAUAUUAUGCUGAAUCCCAUGGAGUCAUCUAUGUGAUAGACUCAACUGAUGAAGAGCGCCUGUCAGAGUCAAAAGAGGCCUUUGAGAAAAUGAUCAGCAAUGAGGCGUUGGAAGGUGUCCCGCUCCUCGUGCUAGCCAACAAGCAGGAUGUACCGGUACUGUAGGAUCAUUUCACUUAAUGAAACCAUGUACAGAAUUAUGCAGUUUUAUUUGAAAACACAGAUUAUAUUCUAUGUUUAGGCUAGGGCUGAACGAUUAAUCGAUUUUAAAUUGAAAUCGCAAUUGGAAAUGAUGCAAUUAUCAAAUCGCAAAG